UCCCUGUUUGUCACGUUUUCCGCGUGUUGUCAGAGACAGUUCAAUCUAGCCUUAAAUUGGGAAUAUUGGAUUUAUUUACAAGCUUGAAAGAAUUGAUUAAUUUCAAAAACAAUAGUUUGAAUUGAAAUCAAGCAACAGAGCAACAAUUUACUAGAAGCGCCGUCAAAACAGAGCUCAAGCCGAAAAUAAACUCCGAGUGAGGAGAUCCGAUUAAACGGGCACCUGUUAGACAUUUCACUGAAUGGAAGACUGAGAUGUCGGGUCAAGGCAUGCGGAAGAAAAAGCCCCCAGGGCUGGUGAAGCUGAACCUGGCACCAGAACCCAAGCCAGCUGGGCCUCCCCGGGACCUAGACUCUAAGGCAACCAUUAAGAUAGAGGAUAAGACGUUUGAGGUGGAGGCCAAUGACCUGGAGUACAUGUGUACCCUGGGGCGCGGGGCGUACGGCGUUGUUGAGAAGGUUCGACACAGGCUCACAGACACAGUCAUGGCUGUCAAGCGAAUCACUGCAACGGUGAACUCUAUGGAGCAGAAGCGUCUGUUGAUGGAUCUAGACAUAUCGAUGAGGAGCGGCUCCUGUCGAUACACUGUCACCUUCUAUGGGGCACUCUUCAGGGAGGGCGAUGUCAUGAUCUGUAUGGAGGUGAUGGACGCGUCCCUCGACAAGUUCUACCAAACAGUUUUCAAGCAUGGACACACCAUCCCUGAGCAGAUUCUUGCAAAAGUCUCAUAUGCUGUAAUAAAAGCUUUGGAUUACCUGCACACAGAGCUGAAAGUGAUCCAUAGAGAUGUAAAACCCUCAAACAUUCUCAUUAAUAGGAAAGGACAAGUGAAAAUAUGUGACUUUGGUAUUAGUGGCUAUUUAGUGGACUCUGUAGCAAAAACCAUCGAAGCCGGAUGUAAGCCGUAUAUGGCGCCGGAGAGGAUAGAUCCCCAAAAUGGUCAACAGGGUUACGACAUCAAGUCCGAUGUGUGGAGUUUUGGGAUCACUAUGAUCGAGUUGGCCUCGGGAAAGUUCCCGUAUGCCGCAUCUCCGACCCCGUUUGAGCAGUUGAAACAGGUGGUUAAGGACCCACCUCCUACCCUACCACCGGGCAAGUUCACCCCAGAGUUUGACGACUUCAUAGCACGCUGUUUGAAAAAGUCUGUAGCAGAGCGAGCAAACUACAAUGAACUGUUAAAACACCCGUUUUUAGUAAAAGCAGAAAGUGAGGAAGUGGACAUGGCUGCAUAUGUUAGUGAAAUACUUGCCAAAGAAACGCCUAGCAGUGAUCAAGUGGCCCAGUGAUAGCUGGGGUACACCUGCCCGUGUAGAACUGAUAGGCUACGGGGAGAGUGAUCGGGUUUUUUAUCGAGUGCUAUAAGUGUGUCUGUGUUCAGACAGUGUGACCUGCAUCUGAUACACAAUCUUAGGUUGCAUAUUAUCAUACACACGUGCUGGUAACUGCAUGCUCAACAUUGACAAGGCUGGCUGUGUAUGGAACAACUGUCAGCAGAAACCAUUGGUAGUGUUAUUAAAACACCUGCCACAAUAUCAACACUCCUGCUGACAACACAAUCCUCAACCUCCCUUUACUUUAUUGAUAGUUGAACUAUGAUCCUGUUUUGGAACAACAGUUAAUGUAAUUAAUUUGUGUAAAAGGAUUUGCUAUUAGCCAAGGGGAUAAACAGAGUCAGUUUUAUUCAUAAAAGUUGCCGGUGUAAAGCAUCUUGCAUUUUACAUUAUAAAAUUUACUGUGUGUUUGUUAAGAUGGGUUAGAGUCUUUCAAUUUAAGGACAUACUGUUGUCGGUAUCUGUCGAGUGUUUGUUAUUUAGGGCUAUUCCAUUUAAACAUAUAACCGCAGGGGGUUAGGCACUUUUAAAUUAUGCCACCCCCCUACAGAAGCAAAUUUACCCUUAUGGGGUCCAAAUUAGUGAAAAAAGAGACCCACCUAUAUACUAUUCAAAUAAUUGCCUUCCCCUGGGGGUUACAUGUUUUACUUGAAUAGCCCUUAGGGAUGAUUGUUUGUAGUAUCAAUUUAGUACACAUUUUUGUUAUAUGCCUUAAACCGAACAGUAGUAUGUUUAUAUGACUUGGUCAAGGUUACAGGUUCUGUAGAACGUUUCGGCUUAAAACUGCGUUAUAUAUGGCUUGCAAAAAAUGUUAACCCGUCUCUAUAUCAUACAUGAUGUAAAAACUGUAUAUUGCUGUCUGGAAAGCAUUUUGUUAUAUACGUUCAAUGGCCAUUUUCUCAGAUAUUACAGGAAUUAGGGCACUUGCAAGUAUGCAGAAGCUUAUAGGUAUAACAUGUAGCUUAAUACAAGAUAUUCACUCUGUAGGAAGAAGAACCUUGCCACUAAGCUAUAUAUGUCUGAUGCUGACCAUGGUCUUAACUCACUCAGCCUUUUAAUAUGCAUGUAGAGUUUGUUUGGUCUUGUUUGUCCGGAAGACACGGACCUCAGCUUUCUGUUUGUCUGUGAUGGUAGAUCAUUUAUAGUUUGCUUAAUUAAAAUGAAUCCAAUUGCUGCUUCAAAAGCUUUGGAUUGCAAUAUGUGUAUGUAUAAUAUUUAUUUCACAUACAUAGCAUUUAUCAUAUUCAAUAAUAUUCCAGUAUCACUUUGCCAUUUGAAGGGCUCGCUAGAUCAUAUAAGAUUUUAGUUUUAAACUUGUUAUAUUUUUAUUUGUACAAAGCUGGUCUUGGGAUUUAAAUGCACUUCAUAAAUGUGUUUCUUGACUCCAUCAAAAGAAAUGUUCACAAAAGCGAAUUUGGUCAAAGUUUGCUGCAGUCAAUGAAUGAAUAAAUUGUAAAUAACGUACACGUAGUUUUACAUAACUUGAACAAUUAUUUCGCCAGCAACUAAUAAGGUUUUGCUGUUUCUAUAUGGGAAAACAUUUUUGAGUUUUAUUGACAGUCCAGUUCUAUUAAAUAAAUGAAAUACCCAGUGAAUGAAUGACAAUUUUCAUUGAUUUUAAUUUGUUUUUUAGUGUUUUAAGUGUAAUAAUUCAGAAUGACAUUUGAAUGCAUCGAGCAAUAUAAAAACAACAUUUUUACAUAUUAAACCUAGUUAUUUACAAGAAUUGCAUUUACACCAAAUGUUGACACUAUCUGUUUUCUUAAACGUGGCCAUGGUUAUUUAGUGUUGAAGAGUUUUGCUCGUUUUCUUUGACCUAAGACCGAAUAAUUUAUCUCAUAACACUUGGUAUCGAAUGUCAUGCAGUCUUAUUUUAAAGAAAUACUUUAUUGAAAUGCCAAUUGCCUAAGUCCAGAAUUCUUUCUUUUAUGAUGGUUUACUACAUGUUUUUGUUUAGGUACUUGAAAUGUUAAAUGCAAACUUGAGCAUGUUGUGGAAGAGUUCAUGCUUAAAGAAACAUUAGUGAAUAGUAGACAAGUGAAUACAACCCCACACCAUUGUGCGCUUAUAUACCCUCUGGCUCUAUAUACUUUCUUAAAAAAUUAUCUUUUAAUAACUGUGUACAUGUAUUUAAAUUUCUGCAUAUUUAUAGAUAUCAGCAAAACUGCAUGCCUGCUUCUAUCUCAUUUGUGAUGUUAGUUAUAAGAAUGAAUUUAGACUGAUGGACUGCUGCGCUAGUAAGUUGAUCUGUUAAUUAUGUACUGUAUUAACAAUUUCAUUUGAUUAAAUCGAGAGAGUAUUUACUUCAAUUGUGUCAUUAUGUGAAAGGUUAUAGAUUGCUUGAAUUAGUACCCAGAGUAUCCUGUCUACCUAUGACCUAUAAUGGAAACGAAUAUGUCCAUGUCAUCAUUACGUUGUUAUGUGCAUGUAAAUGAAAUAUUGUGUGCACUGUACAUAGUUCCAAACUGUAUAUAAAUUAUACAUAACACAUAAAUUAUAGAAAAUGAGUUUGGUUACUCUUUAUGACUCGACAUGUUAUUUUAGCAAAUAUUAUGCAUGUACAAACGAUCACCUCAAUGAAUUUUCUGUAAAGAAUAAAAAUAAAUCAUUUUAGAAUAAA